GUCACUGAAGGAGUAGCUAUGUUAACUACUGAGUGAGUGAUACGACAAAGGCUUUCAGACUUCGUGUGGGACUUGACUACGUCAAACGUUCAGAGGCAAAUUUUAUAACCUAGUGUUGCUCUCUAGCCUAAUUCUUUAAAUGAGUGUGAGAAAUCACAUUCAUUCAAUCAAAAACAUUUGCAACAUUUCAAUUAUAAAACUCAGUGCAGGGUGCUAGAGUUUGCUAGCUUACUGCUACAUAUGUUAGCUAACGCUGCCAAACUUAGUUAUGUUGUGGUAAUGCUGCGAUUACCAGAACGAGGAAUGGAUUGGGUUGCUACCUAGCUAGCUGAUGAUCUGUUACAGAAAUGGACAGCUCAGUACAGACAUCUAAUGUAACCGAUUCAAAGCUCACGCUGUGUGUGUGACUGUGAAGCCACCAUGCCUUCAACGAAGGCGCUGAAGAACGCACAGUACAUAGAACUGGGAGGUUACCAAUACUGGCCCGUUCUGGUACCAAGGGGGAUACGCCUGUACACCUAUGAGCAGGUUCCGGGCUUCCUUAGGGAAAACCCAUACAUCACAGAUGGGUAUAGAGCAUACCUGACCUCUAGACUAUGUAUUAAAAGUCUUUUUAUCCUUUCCAACGAGACUGUGAACAUCUGGAGUCAUCUUCUAGGCUUUCUCCUGUUCUUCUUACUGGGGUUAUACGACAUGAUAGCUGUGCUGCCUGUGAUUGGAGCCACCAGAGAGGACUAUGUUAUCUACUCCAUAGGCCUCUUCUGCUACCAGGUGUGCAUGCUGUGCUCGGUGGGCUAUCAUCUCUUCUGCUGCCACCGCUCUGAGAAGACCAGCCGGCGCUGGAUGGCACUGGAUUAUGCUGGCAUCUCCAUUGGAACCUUGGGCUGCUAUGUUCCAGGCAUUUUCUAUGCCUUUUACUGCAAUAACUACUGGCGACAGGUGUACCUCGUCAUGGUCCUGGCCAUGACCCUGGGACUCUUCUUCGCUCAGAUACACCCUCAUUACUUGACCAAGCAGUGGCAGAAGCUGCGCUCGGUCAUCUUCUGCUCGGUGGCCGCCUACGGCUUGGUCCCCACUCUGCACUGGAUCUGGCUCAGUGGUGGCUUCGGAUCGGCCGUCGUACAGGUAACAGCAGAGCAUCAGUCGCCGAGAACCUCCGAAAUGGUCAACUACCAUACAGGAGGUCUUUGCUCCCAGAGUGCUGGUGAUGUAUUUGUUUGCUGCAGCUGCCUUUGUCUUCUAUCUCUCCAAAGUUCCAGAACGCUACUUCCCAGGUCAGCUGAAUUAUGUGGGCUCCAGCCACCAGGUGUGGCACAUCCUGGUGGUGCUGAUGUUCUACUGGUGGCACCAGUCAGCCCUGUUCAUCACCAGCUUCCGCCACACAAACCCCUGCCCCGACUACCCUCAGCAUGCUUAGGGCUUCACCAAUAUGACCAGAGAAUCGGCACGUGCGAGAACCACGUCAUGACCGUGUCCCCAUAAAAUCAAGGGCCUUAAUGUAACACAUUGCCUUUCUGUGCUCAGAGAACAUGCCCUCCCUUUACCCCGAGGGCAGUCUCUGCUCGUUCAGCCUGCUAAUGCUGCUGAUUAACGCAGGCUGUGUCCUUCACUAUGAACGUCUGUAGUGAAGCCCAGAUGUAUUCACUUCAGUUAUCGACCUUCUGAUAAACACAGUCGUCUCGUCAGCCAUUACUGGACUGAGUUUUUGUAAAUGUUGGAAGCGCAUGGCUAUUUCGUUUGAAAAUAGCUUAGCAUCGAGGAAUAGUGUUUUUAAGUUAGUAUUGUUGGGACAGCACAUUACUUGGAUAGAGGUGGGACAUAGCACUGAUUGGGAAGUGUCAGAGCUUAACUAAGCAAAGGCAGGGACUUACAAGGUGGGGUCUCCUUUGGGUUUCUGCAUUUCAUGAAUCAGACAUGUGCAACUGUUGGCACCUCAUGCUCCCAGUUCUCAGUGUGGGACAACGGCUACGAGCAGAGCAAGUACAGUUGGGGUGUCUUUUCUCAGUCAGGAGUGAAAUUAGCCAGCCUGUACAUUUGUAAAAGGUUUGUGCACUGUUUCAGGUUUUGAGUUUAUGAAUGACUGUAUUGCUUUUGUAUGUGCUUUACCUUGUCAUAAGAGUUGUCGUACUCCACUAGUCUGACGUAGCUUGUUUAGGCAGAACGAAGGUGAAUAUUUAUAUAAAAGCACACAUGUUUGAAUUCACAUUUGAUGAAUUUUCCUCUCGAAAUAGUGAACUCUCAUUCACAAAUAACCAGGUAGUAGUUGGUACAUCGGACAGUGACGUAUGAAAUCCAAAGAUUUUGAUACUGCAUUGUCACUACAAUAACAUUCUGAAUAUGAUUUAAGGCCACUGUGUCUUAUGUUGGAGUGCUUAUGAAUUAACGUUAAAUAAUUUCAAUCUUUGAUGACAGUAUAAAUUACUUAAUAGUUUAAGAUUUGAUCACUAAGUGCAAUGCAAAAUACAAAAAAUGUUACAAACGCUUCCUUGUAUCACUGAAUGCUGUUACUAAACAUUGCUCAAGUUUUAAAGUUUUGCCAAACUAAACAGGUUUAUUGCUGUAGUACUUGUUUUACUUCUCUCCAUCUUUCUUUGCUUGUUGAGGUAUUGUCAUGUUUUUGUAGCCAUUAUUUAAUUCUGUGCAAAACGGAAGUGAUGUUACUCAAAUAUUUAUUUUCAGUGUUAAUGUAAUGGUGAUGGUUAGACACUGCUGUUUUAGGUAACCUCAUUACUGAUGCCUCUUUUAAUAAUCAGCAAAGUUUUUUUCCCCCCUGGGAUGUCAUAUUGAAAAAUGGUUAUGGUGUUUUAUGAAUUAACUGAUUCAGGAAGAAAAAUGAAAGUAUUUGUUUUCCAAAUAUUGCUUUGGUGGUAUGAAUGAUCAUUUGAAUCAUUAAUGGAAUAAAACAAAGAUCUUCAAAAAAAAGUCAAUAUUUUAUUGCAUUGUUAUAUAGCAAUGUAGCAAGAUAAAAGAAAAAAUAGACAGUAUGUAUUGCAAUGUUAAAAGUUAAAUUGGUAAAAAGAAGCUUAAAAAAGUGGUUUAGUCAAUGAUAGUGUGCCAAGUGCUAUAAAACAACAUUUUUUCCAAAUAUACUGUAAAUUGCCCUCCCCCCUGAUUUCCAGUGAAGUUUGUAUCCCAUGGUGGUGCCUUAUUUUUUUGCAGGUUCAAUCCAAGGCCUUUCUCUGCAACAACAACAACAAAAAACGGAAUAAAUACAUUCAAGUUGUUUCCCUUAUUGAA